GAGAGAAGCUUGGCUGGGACCUCCCCAGAGGCAGUUCCUGGGGACUCCUGGGACCACAGCCGAGACACAGGUAGCUUGAGGGAAGUGAGAGGUGACCUGGGCCUGGUCCCGGCCGUGAGACCCUCCGCCACCCCUCCCCUGGACUAACAGCCAUGGCCAGGGCGCAGCAGCUUCGGGCUGAGAGCGAUUUCGAGCAGCUUCCUGAUGACAUUGCCAUCUCAGCCAACAUCGCUGACAUUGAGGAGAAGAGAGGCUUCACCAGCCACUUUGUUUUUGUCAUUGAGGUGAAGACGAAAGGGGGGUCCAAGUACCUCAUCUACCGCCGCUACCGCCAGUUCUACGCCUUACAGAGCAAGCUGGAGGAGCGCUUCGGGCCGGAGAGCAAGACCAACCCCUUCACCUGUAUCCUCCCCACGCUCCCAGCCAAAGUCUACGUGGGUGUGAAACAGGAGAUCGCCGAGAUGCGAAUACCUGCCCUCAACGCCUACAUGAAGAAUCUCCUCAGCCUGCCCAUCUGGGUGCUGAUGGACGAGGACGUUCGCAUUUUCUUCUACCAGUCGUCCUACGACGCCGAGCAGGUGCCUCAGGCGCUCCGGCGGCUCCGCCCGCGCACCCGGAAAGUAAAGAGCGAGCCCCCGCAAGCUGCUGGCAUUGACCGCAUGGCAGCUCCGCGAGCGGAGGCCCUAUUUGACUUCACUGGGAAUAGCAAACAUGAGCUGAAUUUCAAAGUUGGAGAUGUGAUCUUCCUUCUCAGUCGGAUCAAUAAAGACUGGCUGGAGGGCACUGUCCGGGGAACCACGGGCAUCUUCCCAGUGUCCUUUGUGAAGAUCCUCAAGGACUUCCCAGAGGAGGAAGACCUCACCAACUGGCUACGCUGCUACUACUACGAGGACACCAUCAGCACCAUCAAAGACAUUGCAGUGGAGGAAGACCUCAGCAGCACCCCACUCUUCAAGGACUUGCUGGAGCUCAUGAGGCGGGAGUUCCAGAGGGAGGACAUCGCCCUCAACUACCAGGAUGCUGAGGGGGACCUGGUUCGGCUGCUGUCGGAUGAAGAUGUGAGGCUCAUGGUGAAGCGGGCCCGAGGUCUCCCCUCCCAGAAGCGUCUCUUCCCCUGGAAGCUGCACGUCACCCAAGAGGACAACUACAAGGUCUACAACACGGUCCCCUGAGCUGGUGGUGUCCCUGGGGCAGUGGGGGACUCCCGGCAAAGAGCCCUCCGAGGGGAUUAGGACCCAGAAAACCUGGGCGUGUGGGACAGACUUCCUGAGUCUGAGUGGGACAGACCUGCUGACCUUGGCGUGUACAUUUGGUCUCUGAAUUAAAUAAACCAUUUCAUCUUAAAGGG